UGUCGCCAUUGAGGUACUAAUAGCAGCUGAAGCAGCAGCUAAAACUACAGCUGGUUCACCACUGAGAGGAAGAAGGAGUGUGACUGGAGGGAGCUUGUCACUCCCUAGCAUUAGCAUUAACCACGACCCUGGCAUCCAAAUAGGAAGGCAGAAGGCUUUCUUUGCUGGUUGAAAAAAAUUAAAAAACAUGCCGGAACAAAGUAAUGAUUACAGGGUGGUUGUAUUUGGAGCAGGAGGAGUUGGCAAAAGUUCACUGGUCUUGAGGUUUGUUAAAGGUACUUUCAGGGAUAGUUAUAUCCCUACAAUUGAAGACACCUACCGGCAGGUGAUCAGCUGUGAUAAGAGCAUAUGCACUUUGCAGAUUACCGACACAACAGGGAGUCAUCAAUUUCCUGCCAUGCAGCGCUUGUCUAUUUCCAAAGGACACGCAUUUAUUUUGGUCUAUUCAGUCACCAGCCGGCAGUCUUUGGAGGAACUGAAGCCCAUUUAUGAACAGAUAUGCCAGAUCAAAGGGGAUACAGAGAGCAUUCCAAUCAUGCUGGUGGGAAACAAGAAUGAUGAGGACCACAACCGAGAGGUACAAACCACUGAUGGAGAAGCCAUGGCAAAAAAAUGGAAGUGUGCCUUCAUGGAGACCUCAGCUAAAAUGAACCACAAUGUGAAAGAGUUGUUCCAAGAGCUGCUGAAUUUGGAGAAACGUAGGACUGUGAGUUUACAAAUCGAUGGCAAGAAAAGCAAGCAGCAGAAAAGGAAAGAAAAACUGAAAGGAAAGUGCAUUGUCAUGUGAAAAGAUCCUUAUUCUGGAGCAGUCAUGUAGAUGCCUUCUUCUGACUGUGCCAGGUUUCAUGCCCCUAAGCCAUGGGAAAAUAGGUGAAACUGUUUUAUUAAUAGCAAUCUUGAAAGUACUUGAAUCAAGCAGUUGCUUGAAGCAAAAGUACUUUCAAGAAGUUGUCUUUUCAUAAAUUAGCCAUUAACGAGAACAAAAAAUUGUUCCAAAGACCCAAUGGUGUCUAACUUCUAGAUCAUAAACAAUGAUAUAUCCAUAAGAAAGGACUUCCACUAGCAUUGCUAUUGCCAUGUAAGGAUCUGGUAAUUAAUCAUUUAAAGAUAUAUGCUAGUGUUAUAUAUAGAAUUAUGAAAGAUGUACAUGUGUGUGUGUACACACAUUCAUACACACAUAUUUGGCAAAUUUAAUUUAAUUUAGGCAUUAGAAAAUAUAACUUUCCUAGACUGUAAGUUUCUUCCUCUUCUACUAUGUCCUGUCUUGUCUUAUUCUCACCAAUCCCUUACCCUGCAAAGUAAUGUAUGGAAUAAGUGAGGUACCUCUUCCUUCUGUGAUCAGUCUUGUUGCCAGGAGAACUGUAUGGGCAAGCUUCA